AUGCGCGCGGGGGCGGCUGGGAAGAUGGCGGCCGGGUUCAAAACCGUGGAGCCGCUGGAGUACUACAGGAGGUUUCUGAAGGAGAACUGCCGUCCUGAUGGAAGAGAACUUGGUGAAUUUAGGACCACCACUGUCAACAUAGGUUCAAUUACUACUGCAGAUGGUUCGGCUUUGGUGAAGCUAGGAAAUACUACAGUCAUUUGUGGAAUUAAAGCAGAAUUUGCAGCACCACCAACAGAUGCCCCCGAUAAAGGAUAUGUAGUUCCUAAUGUGGAUCUGCCACCCCUGUGCUCACCGAGGUUUCGGUCUGGACCUCCUGGGGAAGACGCCCAAGUGGCCAGCCAGUUCAUUGCAGAUGUCAUUGAAAAUUCACAGAUAAUUCAGAAAGAGGACUUAUGCAUUUCUCAAGGAAAGCUGGCUUGGGUUCUAUACUGCGAUCUCCUUUGUCUGGACUAUGAUGGGAACAUUUUGGAUGCCUGCACGUUUGCUUUGUUAGCUGCUUUAAAAAAUGUACAGCUGCCUGAAGUCACCAUAAGUGAAGAAACUGCUUUAGCCAAAGUUAAUUUAAAGAAGAGGAGCCAUUUAAAUAUUAGACAUUAUCCAGUUGCAACUUCCUUUGCCAUAUUUGAUGACACUUUACUCAUAGUCGACCCAACUGGAGAAGAGGAACACCUGGCCACUGGAACCCUAACGAUCGUGAUGGAUGAGGAGGGCAAACUGUGCAGUCUGCACAAACCAGGUGGGAGUGGACUGACUGGCACUAAACUGCAGGACUGUCUGAGCCGAGCAGUUACAAGACACAAAGAAGUGAAAAAACUGAUGGAUGAAGUAAUUCAGAGUAUAAAACCCAAGUAAACCACAUCUUCCACACGACUUGUAAAAACGGAAUCUGUUAGCACUGUGCACCAGCCUUUGCAUUAAAUAUCACUCUUGAUGUUC